UAUCGUAGCCGGUAUAUUAUGUAUAAUGUAUAGCUCUAUAGCUGCAGUUAGCAGUUGUCAGUUUUAAUAUUUAUUUUGAAUAAAUAAAAAUAAUAAUAAUCAUAUGAAACGUUUAAGACAAUCCUUCAAUUUUUAGUUUUCGAUAGAGACUGUGCAUUUAAAUAAUGUUUAUGUUUUUCAGUUUUUGUAUCCGUCAAAAUAAUAUGCAUAUUAUAUUAUUAUAAAUAUAUGUACUUAUAUAUAUUAUUUUUUUCUUUUAAAUCGAGUCUUAACAUAUAAGUAAUGUCAAAAUUAGAUCAAAGCGAUAUUUCUACUUUGCCUUGGUAUUAUGACGAAUAUGAAAUGAUGGAUGUAUUGGUCGAACCUAAAGAUGAACUAUUUGAGUUUGAUGAGCUUAAAAUGGAACCAUUGUCGCCUUAUUUUGGAGAUGAUAUUAAAUUUAAUACAGGAGUUAGUGAUCUAGAUACUGAUCACAUGAUGCAAUGGAACAUUGAAUCAUGUUUUGGAAAUGAUAUUGAUUUGGAAAAAAAUUAUACAUCACCUCCAUCAUCUCCUUCUUCAAAUGGGUCAAUGCCAAGUGGUGAUUCACAAUCAUCAUUUGACUCAAACCAAGUAUUACCGAGAAUAAUAUUACCAAAUGUGGAUACAAUUCGUGAUAAUAAUACUGUAAUUGCUCUAAAAUCUACGAGUGGAAUUCAAACACUUCCAAAAUUGAAAAUAUCUCCAGCGCCAAUUAAACCAAUUUUAAAUGCAGCUUCUAGAACUAAUAUUUUAAUAAAUAAUAAUUUUAAUGUUUCUUCAAUGCUGACUGAUCAAACAAAUCAAUCUUCAGUUGCAAUUUCAAAAUCAUUUGCAAAGACUUUCCCACGAAAGAUAAUACUAACUCCAGAUCAAUUUUCAAAAAUAACCAAAUUCAGAAAACAAAGACAGGUUGAUUUAAAUAUGCCAGCUGCAGUACCAUUAGUAACAAGUACUACGGAAGUAAAUACUCAAUUGACAUUGCCAGCAGUUGAGAUUGAUUUGGCAAAGUCUAAAAAUUCUACUACUACUUUGCAAUAUAAUCAAUUAAGUGCAAUAAAACGACAUCAACGCAUGAUACGAAAUCGAGAAGCAGCAAGUUUAUCUCGUAAAAAGAAAAAAGAAUACGUAACAUCAUUAGAAGAAAAAAUAACUAUAUUGGAAAAAGAAAAUUUGGAACUGAAAAUUGAAAAUUCAGCAUUGAAGGAAAGGCUCAAAAUUUUUGACAAAUUAUCUUCAAUAACAGACAGACCUAUUCUCAAAAAAGCAAAAAAAGCUACAGCUAUAUUAUCAGUAGUUUUAAUGAUUUCCUUAAAUAUUGUACCUUCAGGGCUUUUCAAUACAAGACAAUUUAACAAAUCAGAAAUGCAAAUGAAUCUUGGGAAAAAUUACAGAAUAAAAAAUAUUGAAAAUAUAAACUUUCAUAGCAGAAAUCUAUUAUGGGUCAGUGAUUUUGAAGACACUAAUUCGUCAUUGAAUGCUACUGAACAAUUGAUGUGCCCAACAUUUAUAAAUGUAUCUGAAUCAAAAAGAAUUGAUAGUGAACUUCGAAAAUGGAUUGAACCAAAGAAUUUAAAGUUAUUAAAUGAUAAUUUAUCAAUGGUUUAUGUUGAACCACCAAUUAUAAGCACUACUAUUGAACAUUCCAAACAUAAUGAAUUUACUAGAAACAAAGAUAAAAAAAUGGAAAAAUUGCAAAAAAGAAAUUUUAAAAAAAGAAAGCAUGUUCCAUCUAACAAUGAUUUCAUAGAAAUAUUUGAUCAGUUGAAGUUAGAUAGUAAAGAAAGCUUAUUUGACUCCAUUGAAAGGCAAGAUGAUACAUUCUAUGUUGUAUCUUUUUCUGGUGAUCAUUUAUUGUUACCAGCUAGUCAUAAUGCUUCUAAUACUACCCUUCGUCCAAAGAUGUCACUUGUUUUUCCAACUUUAUCAUCAAAUGGUUCGGAUUUUGUCACUAUGAUUCAAAUUGAUUGUGCAGUAACUGAUACAAAAACAUUACAUAUUCGAGACUCUCACUUAAGACAUAAUAAUGAUUUUAAAAAUAAUGUUUCAACAAACAUAAAACAACACCAGGACCAUAGAAACAAUAUACCACAUAAGCCCUAUUUUGUACGCCAAAGUUACUCUGGUUCAAUGUUUAGCAAAAUGAAUCAUGAACUUCCAAGUUACUAACAUUUCAAUGUAUUUUAAAUUCAGAAAUCACAUCUCAAGAAUUUUCUUUUAUAAUUGAAUGCAAAUUUUUUCCUUAUAAGCAUAUCUACUAAAUCAUAUUAUAAAAAUAAUAUGAAUUUUUAUGUUUACUAUUUCCUACGAAAAAUGGCAUUCAAUUGGAAAGUUAAACUAAUGAUGUAUGAUCUAAUUUACUUAUUUUUAAAUGUGUACCUUAUUCAUAACUGAGUAUAUCAUAUGCAGUAAAAUAUAAAAAUAUAAUUUUUAAUAUAUAUAUGUAUCUUAAAAUGAAUUAAAUAGAAUUUUUUUAUCGAGAUUUUUUAAACUUAAAUGUAGAUAAUUCAUCAUACAGAGUUUGAUUUUUAUACAGCUGAUUCAUAAUAACUUAAAGUUUUUUCAAUUCCUUAGAUAUUUUUAUUAUAAUCAAUGAUUUAAUUGUUUUAUCUUGAAAAUUAAAACUUAUAAAUAUCCUAGUCAAACUAGCCCACUGUAGAAUUUAUAAUUGUUAUUAUUAAGGCUGGGAUUUCAGUGCAUUAUUUUCUGAUGCUAGCUAUCCGAUGCUCUUUCUUUAACAAACACAUUUGAAAAAUAAUGAUAAUUUAUGUAUAAUU